GCCGCGCAGGGCCGGCUGGGCCGCUCCUCCCCUGGGUGGGUCCGGGCUCCUUUUCUGGCAGGGUCUAUUUGCAUAGAGGAAACUGCCCAAAGUGGCCGCUGUGGAGGAGCUGGCCCAGGAGAAGGGGGCGUGCGCCGCUAUCCGCUGCUGCCCGGAGGCCAAACCCGUGCCCGGUCGACCUCGUGCCUCGGGCUCUCCCGCCUGCUCCCCGCGCGCUCAGCCUCAGAUCCAGCUCUGCACCGCCCCCUCGGAGAGCCCACGCGCGACGGUCGCGCCAUGAACUCCGGCGAGGGCACCGGUGGCGGCGGUGGCGGGGACGGCGACGCGCAGAAGGGCAGCCCGGCGGGCGGCGGCGGCGGGGCGCGGGCAGUGAGCGCGCUGUGCCUGCUGCUCUCCGUGGGCUCGGCGGCCGCCUGCCUGCUGCUGGGCGCUCAGGCGGCCGCGCUGCAGGGCCGGGUGGCGGCGCUGGAAGAAGAGCGGGAGCUCUUGAGGCGCGCGGGGCCGCCGGGCCCCCUGGCAGCCUGGGCCGAACCGCACCUGGAGCGCCUGCUGCGUGAGAAGUUGGAUGGACUGGUCAAGCUCCGGACUGUUCGGGAAGCACCAUCGGAAUGUGUCUGCCCCCCAGGGGUCCCUGGACGGCGUGGCAAGCCUGGGAGAAGAGGCGACCCUGGUCCUCCAGGGCAAUCAGGACGAGAUGGCUACCCGGGACCCCUGGGUCUGGAUGGCAAGCCUGGACUCCCAGGCCCUAAAGGGGAAAAGGGUGUACCAGGAGACUUUGGCCCCCGGGGAGACCAAGGGCAAGAUGGAGCUGCUGGACCUCCAGGGCCCCCUGGACCUCCUGGAGCCCGGGGCCCUCCUGGAGACACUGGGAAGGAUGGCCCCAGGGGAAUACAAGGCCCAGCGGGCCCCAAAGGAGAGCCUGGACAAGACGGCGAGAUGGGCCCCAAGGGACUACCAGGGACCAAGGGUGAGCCUGGUGUGCCUGGAAAGAAGGGGGAUGACGGGAUGCCAAGCCAGCCAGGGCUCCCUGGACCCCCAGGGCCCAAGGGUGAGCCAGGGAGUGUGGGGCCCCGAGGAGAGGACGGCAUGGACGGUGCCCCAGGACCAAAGGGAGAGGCUGGCCACCGAGGAAUGGAGGGAGCAGUAGGGCCCCGGGGUUCCCCAGGCCUCAAGGGCGAGCAAGGAGACACAGUGGUGAUCGACUAUGAUGGCAGAAUCUUGGAUGCCCUCAAGGGUCCUCCAGGGCCACAGGGACCCCCAGGGCCGCCAGGGAUCCCUGGAGCCAAGGGCGAGCUUGGACUGCCUGGUGCCCCAGGAAUCGAUGGAGAAAAGGGUCCCAGAGGACCAAAAGGAGACCCAGGAGAACCUGGGCCAGUUGGACUCAAAGGGGAAGCGGGCGAGAUGGGCUUGUCUGGCCUCCCGGGUGCCGAUGGCCCCAAAGGGGAGAAGGGAGAGUCAGCAUCUGACAGCCUACAGGAGAGCCUGGCCCAGAUCAUAGUGGAGCCAGGGCCCCCUGGCCCUCCUGGGCCCCCAGGCCCCAUGGGCCUUCAGGGAGUUCAGGGUCCCAAGGGCUCAGAUGGAGCAAAAGGAGAGAAGGGCACAUCGGGUGAGAGAGGCCCCAGCGGCCUGCCUGGGCCUGUUGGCCCACCGGGCCUUAUUGGGCUGCCAGGAACCAAAGGAGAGAAGGGCAGACCUGGGGAGCCAGGACUAGAUGGUUUCCCUGGACCCCGAGGUGAAAAAGGUGACCGGAGCGAACGUGGAGAGAAGGGAGAACGAGGCGUCCCCGGCCGUAAAGGAGUGAAGGGCCAGAAGGGCGAGCCGGGACCUCCAGGCCUGGACCAGCCGUGUCCUGUGGGUCCCGAUGGGCUGCCGGUGCCUGGCUGCUGGCAUAAGUGUCUCCGUCUCCAAGGACUGAGGCCUAAGGAGGGCCACAGUAAGUGUAGUUCCUCGCCCAGACCUCUGUACAUGGCCCCUUUGCUAAGCAGAAGAGGCUCAGCCACACACUGGCUAAGGACAUGGAACCUGAUAAUGGAGCCCUGUGAUGCUGAAUGACUCUCAGGCAGAUCCUCGAGGGGAUAUAAGCCACAUGUCCCCCUUCCUCAUCUGAGAGAUCCUUGCCCUGCUCCUUUGGGCAAGAUGGGUUGUUCUUGACCCAAUGCUGCCCCCUAUGGCGUCAUAACUGGUAUCUUUAGGCCUGCAAACAUUUCAACUGCA